AUGUUUCUUCUGAUCGUUCUCCUACCUUUGACUGCUUUCCCACAGCAAUCCCAAGGAACGGUUAGACCAGCUGUAGAAAGUGAUGUCACUGAAAAACAACAGAAGGAAAUUCUUGACAAACACAAUGCCUACAGGGGAGCAGUGGAUCCAACAGCCAGCAAUAUGCUGAAAAUGGUAUGGAGCAAGGAAGCUGGCGAGAAUGCCAAAAAAUGGGCUUCCAAAUGUGAAAUAAAUAGCAGUCCCAUAGAAGAACGUAUUGUGGAUGGUUUUCUCAGGAGCUGGACAGAUGCAGUUGACAUGUGGCUCAAACCCCAAUCUAAUUUCAAGUACGGUGUUGGGGCAAUGGAUCCAGCGGAAGACACUGACGUCUUUACUCAGGUCAUUUGGUACAAUUCAUACAAGCUUGGAUGUGCCAUUUCCUACUGCCCACAGCAUGACAGGCCUUCCUUCUUCUAUGUCUGCCGUUACUGCCCUGCGGGGAACAUAUUAGACAAGGCAUCAACACCCUACAAAGCAGGUCCAUCAUGUGGAGACUGCCCAAAUAACUGUGAGGAUAAACUCUGCACCAAUCCAUGCAAGUAUGUGGAUACUUUGACGGGCUGUGAUAAACUUGUAAGAAUGUUCGAGAAGGGCAAGACUCUGCUGUUUAAUGGAGCUUCAUAG